AUGGAUAUGGUCCUGGGGAGGAAACUCGACAACAAAGAAGAGCUAUCACAAUAUCUAAAUGGAUAUAAGGCAGGCCCGUUACCUCCGGCAGGUGUACCGCGGUUCAUCGACCUCUUCCUCUCCAGCCAAUCGCUUUUUUACUUCGUCGUCUUUGUGGGUCCUUGCUUUGCCAAACCCAAUUGUCUCCAUUUUUACAAACAAAUGAACGAAUCGGGUCUAGAGUGGAUAGGUGAUUGCUUCUAG